GCCGGGUGGUUUCCCUCCCUCCGGCCCGGUGUGUCCGCAGCCGGCGGGAUUUCUGCCGCUGUUUGCUCCUCCGAUCGGUGCGUCCGUUCACCUCAGGCGUCUGGUCCCAGGCCGCUCGGUGCCCGUGCCCCGCUGCCAUGGAGACGCUGCUUCAGCCCGAGCUGGACGUGGAGAGUUGUGACGCGGGGCGCGGCCCCGGCGGUGUCCCGGCGCGCGGCGGCGGGGGCGGCCCGCGCGCGCACCCGGGCCGCAGGCACCGAGGACCGGCGCGCAAAUGGGUGAGGAGCCGCCCAGGCCGCAGCGCAACGAAACCGAACGGGGGCUUUAGGCAGAGCAAUCGGGCUUCAUGGCCGUUUACUUAUCUCAGAUUUCCGGAGUUUGCAGUUUUUUUCAUUGUCUUGUAUUUACCUGGCUCAAGUAAGGCUCUGAAAGGUCAUCGAUGCAGAACUUUGAUUCUCUACCCACAAGUUCUGACUAGCGCAUUUGCACUUUUUAUCAAAUCAAGACAAGUAUCUAAAAGCAGCAACCCAGAAUUGGAUGAGGAAAAUAUACAUUGGGAAUGCUGUGGACAGCAGUUUGAUAAAGAAGUAUGCAUUCACAAGCAUGUGGGAAAUGAACAUAUGUCUGAGGUCCUACAAGAAACUGAAGCUAUUUUCAAGUUAUUAGGACAAAAGAAAUCCAAGCUAACAAGAAAGCAUGAUUCCACAGAUAAUAAAAUUGCGUUAUCACAACACAAUAAAAUGAAGGAAGAAUUUGACAUAUCUACAUGGUUACCUGAUACAAGUGACAUUAACUUUGAUCUAGCAAGUGCAGCAGGUGAAGUGCUGUUAUAUUAUUCCUACUGUGACAUUGAGGAGCCACAAGUGAUCUGUGAAUGGCAAAAAGCCUUGUGUCGUCAGCUGCAUUUUACAGGCAAAGUGCGCAUCUCUAAGGAAGGAAUUAAUGGAACAGUUGGUGGAUGCAAAAUGGCAACCGAGCUAUAUGUUCAAACUAUGCUUUCCCAUCCGCUCUUUCAAAGUAUGUCCAUGGAGGACUUUAAGCGGAGUGCUGGAGGAGCCCACUGUUUUCAAGAUCUGCGAGUUGGAGUUUUUAAAGAGGUUGUUCCCAUGGGAGUGGAUCCUGAAAAGAUCUCUUAUAAAGAUGCAGGAAUUCAUUUAACUCCAGAAGAAUUUCACAGAAAAUUGGAAGUGUUGUCCAACAAUGCCCAAAUUCGAAAGGACACCAUUUUACUAGAUUGUAGGAACUUCUAUGAGAGCAAAAUAGGAAGUUUUCAACACUGUCUUGCUCCCAAUAUCCGGAAAUUCAGCUACUUUCCAGAUUACAUUGAUACAAAUUUGGAUUGCUUUAAGGGCAAACAGGUCCUUAUGUAUUGCACAGGAGGAAUCCGCUGUGAACGAGGCUCAGCCUAUCUGAGGUCAAAGGAUGUAUGUAAGGAAGUUUACCAACUUAAAGGUGGAAUUCACAAAUAUCUUGAACAAUUCCCAAGUGGUUUUUACAGGGGAAAACUGUUUGUGUUUGACAAUCGCUAUGCUAUUUCUGUUAAUGAUGACAUCAUUUCAGAGUGCAGAUAUUGUGGUGCCCCUUGGGAUGAAUACAAACUCUGCAGUACUGCUUCUUGCUGUCAGCUUGUUUUGUCCUGUCUUCACUGUAGAGAAAAAGGCCUUGUAGCCUGUUGUGCUGUGUGCCAAGAAAAAGGAAAGGCUUCAUCUGAAACUCAAUCACGACCUCUACGAAAAGAGCAAUGUGAAUGUACUGAGAAACGGGUACGAAUCCCUGUUAUGCUUCCACAUUAGAUAAUUUGUUCAAGCUAUCCAACAUCUCAAACCAGAAGGAUUAAAUCAGAUCAGAAAAAGGACUUGAAUUUCUAUAAAAACCUACACAGUUUCAGGAUGUCCCAAAAUUCUUAACAGCCAAUUAAGUUCUUUUGAUAUUUAGUUGUCUGCACUGUAAUAUUGGGAACACUGCAAUCAGUUUGUACACAGUAAGUUCCCAUAUCCAAUAAUGAGAUAAAUGACUAGAUCAUAUGUUUUAAAGAUUUAAGUUCUGUUACACAAAAUAGGUUCAUUUUAUAUUAAUCCUUUAAAAGAGUCUAUUAAAACUUAUUAAUAUAAGUGUAUCUUUUCAUCAGCAUGCUACUUUAGUUGAGAACAAUCAUGUUUUAAAUCAAUUGAAUUAAAAUGCAUUCAAU